GCCGCCGCCUGCGUUCAGUUGUAGAACAGACGUGAUCUCAGGAGGACGUGUUUCUCUCGAGUCUCAGAGCCGCCGAACAGAGUCGCAACGUGAAUUAAACGCCACAUACUAUAGCAAAUGAGCAGGUCGCGUUCGUGCGUGUGCAUGUGAGUGGGUGCGUGUGUAUUAGUGAGUGUAUGUGAUGAACGAGCGAAUUAAUUAAAAGAUAAUCAACACAAAUUAACGACACAUAUAGUUUCCACUGAGCGACCCGACAAGUGCCAAUUUGAACUCGCGCGCACUUCUCUCGCCAGUGCAAUGUUUUAAUAAAAACCAACAGCAACAACAAUCAACAUUUAAUCAAAUCCAAAAGAGAUAGGACAGUGAAUCUUUUAGCAACUGCGAAUCGCUGGCUUUAUGUUAAAGCUUUCCAACAACACCGUUAACGUGAACGCAACGAGCGCAGCAACGACCAGGAACACGAAUAGGAACAGGAGUAUGACAGUGACUGGCCUGCGCCAAACGAUGACCAGCCCGACGGUGCCGCCAACUACAUCGCUCAGCAGCUCCGGCAGCAGCAACAGCAACCUGAGCAGCACGCUGACCUCCGCCGUCGCCGUUGCCGCCGCCAGCACUGGUGCACUGCAUCCGCUGGGUAGCCCAACAUCGCCGUCGGCAUUGCUGCUGGCUCACCAGCAGCAUUUGCUGGCGCAGCAUCAACAACAGCAGCAGCAACAUCAACAACAGCAGCAGCAGGCACUGCAGUUGGCUGCAGUGCACCCGGCGCCACAUCAUCUGCACAAGAGCAGCUCCAGGCUGAGCAACUUUAGCGUUGCUUCGCUGCUGGCGGACACAAGACCGCGCACACCCAACACCAGCGAUGGACCCACGAAUCUGUCAAGCUCCGCAGCCACAUCGCCUAUCUCGCAGAGCAGCGCCGCGGGCACUCCUCCGCCAGCAGCGCCACCAGCGGUGCCGCCAACGCAUGCAUUUCAUCCCGCGACCGUUGCUCAUCACGCCCACUUGCUGCAUGCCGCGCAUGUGGCGGCGGCAGCACACGCCCAGCAACAGCAGCAGCAUCAUCAGCAGCAGCAUCUGGCCAUUGCGCAACUGCGUCAGGCUCAGGCAGAUGCGCGUGCCAGCUCUCCACCCGCUUCGGCCUCCGCCAGCUCCACGCCCAGCUCAACACCAGUGGCGCACGCAGCCGGCGCCAGCUCCACACCUGCCAAAAACGAAAGACACUCGCCGCUGGGCGGCAGCAGCCACACGGACUCCGAGUUGGAAUACGACGACGAUAUGCUGCAUGAACACGAUGGGGAGCACGAUGAGGAGGAGGACUCCAUUGUGGACAUCGAAGACAUGAAUCCCGACGACUCACCGCGCUCCACGCCUGAUGGCCUCGACAGCAGCAGCAAAUCGCUGGAAGGCUCCCACGGCGGGCCACCAGGCUCUGGACCAGGCUCCGGCCAAAUGCCCACCACUCUUCUCUCUCCAGCGGCUUUGGCCGCCAGCGGACACGUGCCCAUACGACCAACGCCAUUCAGCGCUCUGGCCGCCGCAGCGGUUGCCUGGGGCGGCAUGGGCGGCGGAGUGCCAUGGCCGGGCGCACGUCAAAUGCCAACCUUUGGACCAGGCUUGUUCCCGGGACAAGGAUUUGGUGGAGAUGCCAAUGAGCCGCCUCGUAUCAAAUGCAAUCUGCGCAAACAUAAACCCAACCGCAAGCCGCGCACGCCCUUCACCACACAGCAGCUGCUCUCGCUGGAGAAGAAGUUCCGGGAGAAGCAGUAUCUGAGCAUAGCGGAGCGCGCCGAGUUCUCAUCGUCGCUGCGGCUCACCGAGACGCAGGUGAAGAUUUGGUUUCAAAAUCGGCGCGCCAAGGCCAAGCGGCUGCAGGAAGCAGAAAUCGAGAAGAUCAAAAUGGCGGCGCUGGGCCGCGGUGCCCCUGGAGCACAAUGGGCCAUGGCCGGCUACUUUCACCCGAGCCUGAUGCAUCUGGGAUAAGUAGCGGCCAAGUUGGUGUGCGCUUAUAAAUAGCUGACGCACCAGCCGCACGAGCAGCCAGAAUGACAACCAAAUAACUGAGCCACGCCCAGCCAGCACACCCACAAAUGUUGUGCUUGCUUCAAAACCCCCAAAAUUUUGCUGUGAUGUUAGCGCAUUUUAUUUACGAUACUUCCAAAUGUUUUUGUAAAAUGCACUCUGUAAAUACUGUAAGCAUAGAGAAAAAAAGCUGAGAGAGAGAGAGAGAGAGAGAUAGCCGGUUCUCGAUAGAUCCGAUACCGAACUCUGUAUAUAUCUAAACAAAAGCAAGCGAGAAUGUUUCCUAAUUGUACAUAAAUCUAGCAAGUAACCCAAUUAACAAUUCUGAAGAGCCAAUUUGCGUUUAAAAGUAUUUGCUGUUUGUUAAACUGUAAUAUAGACAUUAAAAAAAAAAAAAAAAA